AUGACCAGUAAACACGUGAACCAUAUUUCUGUGCACCACCUUCUAGUUCACAUCAUGGACCAGCUCCGAGCACGAAGGCGCCAGCUGUUCCGCAUGCACCACAGCGCGGACAGCGCCGAGCAGCUCAAGAUUCCCCGCCACGACAAGCAUCGCAAGGCCGGGGACGAAAGCCCGGAGGAGUACGAUCGUGAGGACCGCCACGGGGAAACACGGGAGCGGAGGAAGAACGUCUUCCGUCUGCCGUCAGGGUCGGACCGUAGCACGCCCAGCCACAGCCCGAGCCCGAUCAACAGGAAACCAGGUCAUGGACAUCAUCAAGGCGAGCCGGAGGAACACAGGCGGCCCUUCAUCAGCAUCGCAGGGAAAAUCAGCAAACUUCCUCUCGCUCUUCAGGUUAGCCUAGACACAACAGACUCAAGUUCGCUGGAGGAAGGCGGCAAUCUGAUGCUUGAGACUGCGGAUCGGCUGAACAUGCUCCUGGGGGAUGUGGAGAAGGGGGCGGAACAUCUGACGGAUGUCAUCGAUCGUGUCGGCAACAGCAUGGAUCACGAUAUCCACAACGUGUUCUCCAGCUUGGAGCACGGGCUGCGGCGCUUUUCCCAGACACGGGAAGCCAUGACGGACCUGGCUCGAGCCGCACGAGACACCGCCGAGGAGAUGUCACGAGCCGGGCGGGCCAUGACGGACCUGCUCCGGGGAGCUCUCCUCAUCAGCUCGGUGGUCGCCACGGCCUACGCCAUCAAAGAGCUGAUGUCCGUCAAAGACAACUGCUCUCUAGUUUACUGUUGCCUACUCCUGCUGGCCUGUGGCUUAUGUGUUAUACUCCUGUGGGCACUGCUAGGUAUGAUCCAUACGCUAAUUAGGCAGGGAGGGUUGGAUUUUGCAUUGCAGGAUAUUACACUUUCCUGGAAAAAGAGUAUGGAUGACUAG